CUAGAUCUGAUUCUUUUUGAAAAUGAAUUUCAUAAAAAAGAUUUUUCUGGAUUUCUACAUAUUUCUAAAAAUGCUAAUCCUCGGCAGCUGUAGUUUGAUUUCUGAAAUGUGCUGUUUUGUCCAGCCAAUAAAAAAUCCUAUAAACAGAGAAAAUGAAUACGUCGUCGUCACAGGUGGAAAUCGCGGGAUAGGAUGGUCCACCGUAAAGUCGUUAGCGGAAUCUGGAAUGAAAGUGAUUGUCGGAUGUAGAGAUGGCCCCAGCAGAGACCUUUUAUACCAAUCAGUUAAGCAAGCAGAACUUCCAACCGAGUCUGUAGAAUGGAUCAACCUAGACAUGUCAUCUAUGGAAUCUGUACGAGCGUUCGGACAAGCCAUUCUUGAUAAGAAUGUCCCAAUCAGUCUUUUGAUAAAUAACGCUGGAACCAUGGCAUCAUACACGUUGACUAAAGAUGGCUUUGAAUCUGCAUUUGCAAUCAACUAUUUGGGCCAUUUCCUAUUAACUCAUCUCCUUAUGCCACGUCUCAUAGCGGCAGGAACGAACGACAAAGCAGCAAGGAUUGUCAACGUGUCUUCUUCGGGUCAAGCUUUAGGGUUUUUUCAAAUAAAUGAUCUUCAGGGAGAAUCUUACUACAACAAAUUCGGUGCCUAUUGCCAAUCCAAAGCUGCUCAAAUUAUGUUUACCAAAGUCUUGCACGAGCUACUUACUUCGAAAAAUAAGCCAGUAAAAGUCUAUGCUGUUCACCCCGGAGUUAUCAAAACUAACGUAUGGAGUAAAUAUUGGUUUACUCACUUUACUUCAAUAUUUUCGGGUUUCCUAGGAAAGACGGAAGCGCAGGGUGCUCAACGCGUCGUGUACGCCGCCUUGUCGCCGAAAGCGGAAGACUUGAGCGGGAAUUUUUUCGAAAAUUCCAAAGUGGUCCAGCCAAUAGCGCUGGUCCGUAAUCGAGAUAUGCAGACACAAUUGUGGGAAAAGUCUUGCCAGUUGCUUGACAUCUCCCAAUUUGGUGGUUUAUAAUACUGGUUCUUACAUGUUCCUUUCUCUGAUACAGUUUUCCGAAUUUUGCGUAAUGUUUCAGGAAUAAUAAACAAAUUGAAUAAC